GUAAGAAAGAGCGAUGUGUCAUCUGACCAGGGCGGAAGAGCCACUGCUCAGUUCAGUUUGGCUGUUUACAAUUGUCGAAAUCUAGAUAAACUGCGUAAUCUUUCAUUCCUCACGAAAAAUGGCCACCACAAUCAGCACACAGCGUGGACAGGUGUACAUAGGGGAGUUACCUCAGGACUUCCUGCGGAUCACUCCUACCCAGCAGCAGCAGCAAGUGCACCUGGACGCUCAGGCCGCCCAGCAGCUGCAGUAUACGGGCACCAUCGGCACUGUAGGCCGCCUCAGCAUCACUGUAGUACAGGGUAAGCUUGCUAAGAACUAUGGGAUGACGAGGAUGGACCCCUACUGCCGAGUCCGGCUGGGCUACGCUGUUUAUGAGACGCCCACAGCACAUAAUGGGGCAAAGAACCCGCGCUGGAAUAAAGUCAUCCAGUGUACAGUUCCUCCAGGGGUGGACUCCUUCUACCUAGAGAUCUUCGAUGAGCGGGCAUUCUCAAUGGACGACCGUAUUGCUUGGACACAUGUGACCAUCCCUGAGGGCCUGAGAGAUGGCAGUGUGGUGGACGAGUGGUACAGCCUGAGCGGAAGACAGGGAGACGACAAGGAGGGCAUGAUCAAUCUAGUCAUGUCAUUUGCUUCCAUGCCUGCUGGCAUGAUGAUGCCAUCCCAGCCAGUGGUACUUAUGCCCACAGUCUACCAGCAAGGAGUGGGCUAUGUGCCAAUCACAGGCGUACCCACAGUCUACAACCAGGGCGUGGUACCCAUGGGGAUGCCAGCGGUGUCUGCGCCGCCGCCCCAGAGCACCCCCAGCAGCCCGGAGGAGUUAAAAGUCCUGCAGGACAUGUUCCCCAACAUGGACCCUGAGGUGAUCCGCACAGUACUGGAGGCCCAGAGGGGCAACCGAGAGGCUGCCAUCAACUCCCUGCUCCAGAUGACCGAGGAGCUGUGAGAAUGGGUGGUAGAGGAGGACGAGGUAAAGGACGAAGAGGAGGAGGAGGAGAGGAAUAGAGAGGGGGGAUACACAGGAAGAAAGGAGGAGUGAUCUGGCUGCCAGCUGCUACUGCAGUAUCAGCCGCUGAAGCAGGAAGAGCAGCUGCAGCAGACAGACAGACAGACAGACUCAGGGCUGGGCUCCGGGCGCUCGCAAUGCAGUAAGUUCAGGGAAUGAGAGAGAAUGCAGUUUCAUUACGUCGGUCCAAAUACCCCUCGACAUUCUCAAGAUCUGUUGCUUUGGUGAGCUUUUUCAAAACUGAACUGAAUUGAAGGCAAAAAACAGGGUUCAUGGGAAAACCUGGAGAGGUAUUGGACUUUUAUCGUCUGUUUGAUUUACUGGAACUGGACAAGAUCCCAAACUGGAAAUGAUGUUCAAUUAGGUAAACUGAGCAACAGUGUACUACUUUCAAAAAAACAUGUACUGAAGGAUUUACGAUGUAAUUUUUUUGCCAUUUAAGGUUAUUUCUCCUUGCUGCCUCUAGUGAGCUGCCUCCUGUAACUGCAUGAUAUUUGUAGAUCCAUUCUAUUUAGCGCAUUCCCUGAACUGUCUGCGCUUAGGCACACUUGAGCUCAGCCCUACUUGGCAGAAGCCUGUAUAUAUAUACACACCCAGAACACCGGAGACCUCAACCACCACAUUUCACCCCCACCACCAACACCACCCCCCACAAUGUAUACAAACCUCCAGUCUUAAUCCAGACUAGAACUCACCACAUGCUGCAGGCCCAGAUAGUGAUGACCAACUUGUUUCGUGAAGUCCACAUCAAAUGUCAGAGAUCUAGUCACCGCACAUGAAUUACAGAUACAGCCCACCUUAAAAGAUUUUAGAGGGAUAUUAAAGAGUCUUUUUCAAGUUACCAUCAGUCUACUAUAGAUAGAUAGACUGUGGAUGUGUAAAUGUGUACAGUUAAUGGAGAACAGUGCUGGUCCUUCAAAUGGUGGACCUGGCAUAGUGUCCAAGCUGACUUCAUUCAUUUGACAAUUCAUUUUUGGUGAAUGCCCCCCAGUGGUUGGCAAACCAACUGCAAGACAAUUACAGUAGAAAACCUUGAGCGUCAGCAGGUGUAUUCUUUCUUCUGACUGGCUGUUCUCAGUGUAAUGUAAACUGAAGCAUGACUACCAGUGUCCAGUGCAACCUGAAAUGAUUAGCAGUUACACACCGCUAGAUUAAUACUAGUUUCCAUUAGUAUUGCUAGCCAUCUGUUUAGGUGUUGGUUGAGCACUCCUUUGCCCUGUGUGUUUUGUAUAUGUGUAUUUCCCCAUACCGAUGCUUGUGCAUGAGAGUAUGGUGGGGGUGUGUGCAUUCGGUCGUAAUGCAUUUCUCUCUUUCCUCUCUGUGUGUAUGUGUUUGUGUGUGUGUGCGCGCGUUUGAUACAUGCUGAUUAUAUGUAUAAAUAUAGUUCUAUAUAUUUAAAGGAUUAUAAUUUAUUUUGGAGAUGAUGACCGAUUUUGGGCUUAGUGUGCGUGCUCACCAUUUUAUGUAUGUGUAUGUGUGAAGGGUGGUUCUGUAUCCGCUAAUUUAUGGGAAAUGUGCAAAUCGCUUUAGAUGGCCAAUGAUGUCAUUUUCGGGCUCACCCACGAGUGUGUGUCUUGUUACCAUGGCGUCGUUCUCCGGUCGUAUGGCUUAUGCUUCACGGUGAUCUCUCCCACAGUGUCGCUGUGUUAUGGAUGUGUGCAAGGCCUAGGGGUUGCCUUUAUACCCCCUGGCAUUCAAGAGCUUUUUCUUUCAGGCACCGAUGUGUAUAAGUGUGUAAGGCUUAAACACACACACAAACACACACACACACCUGUACUCACUGACAAGAUAUGAUAUUAUCGCAGUUCGCCAAAGGUUCUAUUUUAACAAUGUAUUGAUGUUGUAUAUCUGCUGUUUCUCCUGUGAUGCGCAUGUGUUUUAAUUUAAUUGGAAAUUUUCAGUGUCUCCAUUAUAACGAUUUUAUAAAAUAUUCGUUUUUUUAUUUUUUGCCAUUUCCCUGAUUUGCCAAGUGUUUGAGGCCAAUAGGAUGCCAACACAUUUGGGCCACCAGAUUAAUUAUCCAAUCAAAUUACAGAUCUUAUUCUCAUAAAGAUUCAUUAUAGAAACCGCAUCCCAGCUCAUCAUUACAACAGAACAGCAUCAGUUACAAUUGAAAUAUGAUUGAAUUGAAUUGAAUGAUCAUUGAAAUAUGAUGAUAAAAUACGAUUUCUAGAUCCAUCUCUUACAUAGCAAAAAAGACGUUUCAACGGCCGUAUCCACAUAAUACCUAAUAGAUGAUUUUCUAAUUUAGCAAAUGAACAAUGUGCAUUCUAGUUUUAAUUUAUGUCUCCUCCACUAAUAAACCUGUAACAGUCAUGAGCUCGCACACAUUAACUUUGUCUCUAUACAGUCUGCACUACACUGUCUUUAUGUUCUGAGUUAAGAAUUGGGCUAAUGUUUACUGGUUGAUUUUAGUUGGCUCUUCAGUAGAGAAGCAUUUCUCUCCAUUCCCCUACCCCAUGUUUAUAGUUGCCAAACAGAUCUUUAAUACCUCUUCUCAUUUCAAAGCAGAGUUGCAAAAGCAUUCAUGACACGUGAUUCACAACCAAAUAAAUAAAAAAAAACAGUGUGUUGCAUUCAAGUCUUUAAAAGCACAUCACAGUGAUAUUAAUUUCUAUCACAAACCAUUGAAAUCUCCCAAGAUAUAUUACUCAAUUUGAAAUUAUACUAUCACAUUUUUGUUGUUGUUGUUCUUUUUUUUUUAUAGGAUGCGCCGUUUGUUUAGAACGGUGUACAGUUGAACAUUCCAGUCCUAAUCCUUUUUUGUCAUGUUAUUGGUUAACCACUGAUCAGCCACAGGCAAGGGAGGCAUUCGUGUGAAGCCCCAUUACAAACAGAUUCUAAAGUCACGGUGGAAUGUACGGAGCAAAUUCAGAGUGGAAUAAUAUCCUCAUGUUAGAAUCCAAAAGGUUGCUUUGACGUUGGUGUGUAUUUAGCGGGCAAAUAAUAUCUGGGGCUUUUUUCUUUUCACGCCAUUCCCUGAAGACUCCACAUUUAAUCCCAACAUCCCUCACCCACCACAUAUUAUGCACAAUUAUGCCUGGAGCACUUUGAACAGAGAUAUUCACAGGUCUGAAACUUUGUGACAGACAGCCGAAUGGAUCAGAUGCAAGAGAGCUUCUAAUACGCAGCUGAUAGAGGACUAUGUUUGUGUUGUGCGUACUCACCACCUGAGGACCCACUGAUCUUAUUUGGCCGUCAGCACGUAGCUGAUCCUGAACGAUGGCUGCUCUCAUGCAGUCACUUUUCUGGUUGCGGGAGUGAGAUGCAGUUGCUCUGGCUCUAUCUGUCUGGCUUCUCAUGUUCUCAGUCCACACGGGAGCUUUGAGCAGUUGGGUUUUUUUUGUUUUUGUUUUUGGUGAUGGGGAGUGUGACUGGGCUGAUUUUCAGUAUAGUAGAGUAUUUUACACUGGGCUCUAGUCAUCUCUUAAAGCAUCACUUCAGUCUCAUAGCAGUCCAGGUUUAGUCUGUCAGGUGGAAUGUACUGGGUACCAUUAGCACUUUUGCAGCUCUGUGUCAGAAAUUUAACUUUCUGUUAUUUCCUUUUGGUGUUAUAAAUGAUAUGAUCAAUCAAUAAAAGGAAAGUUAAGAUCUUA